CAGAUGACAGCCUGGGACAUCUAAGAACUUGGUAGGCGGGUAAGUCCCUCGAUGGCGUGGUGUAUUCCCACCAGUCGCAAGCAAAGCCAAGGGGCGUAGCAGUUUGUGGGGCUGAGAGGUGGAUGGGAGGUUGCAUUGGUUACACAAGGGACCUGAUGACGCAAGCACGCAGCUCAUGCGCCAGCGAACACGCACUAGGAGUACGGAUGUGCUGCCCUAUGCGCUACCUCAGGGGGGCGCCACCUGCAGCGCUGACAGCCCUUGGGCUACUAGGCCGUGCUCCACUAGUGCCACCCUUGGUGCCACCAGUGACCCCCUACCUACACCGCUAAUCGCCCAAUGCAGGCCGUUACUGUUGCAGGCGGGCCGGGGAUUGCUGCGUGGUCAGAGUGCCACUCAAUUGUGCUUGAUCCUGUUCCAAUCGCACUCGGGCCUCAGGGUUGGCAGGGGUUCGUGCCGUGUUCGGCUGAAUAUGAAGCUGAAUAUGAAGCUCAUUCACGUACCAGUCCCAGUGUUUCAAUUCAUAAUUGGUGUAAGCCAUCUAUUUCACUAGAACAUGUUUUAUCGGCAGCAACUCGGCGUCUCGGCGUUUUGCUCCAAAUGUACUUUCUUCAGCGACCAUUUCCUAACAGUGCUGUGUUGAUACUUUCAACUUAGUUAAAAAUGCCUAGCAGCGCGGCGAGCGCGUUGAUGGAGAAGCUGCGUGUGGAGCUGGAGGACCUCAUUGAGCAGCUGUCGAAGCUGGCGGAAGCCAAGCGCAUGUACGGCAGCGUGCGGCCGGCGCCGGGGGCGCACCGCGCCGGCCACGCGCCGAGGAGGCCCGACGCCACAGGCGAGGGGCGGCAGGCGGGGGCGACGCCGCCGGGCGCAGCAGCAGACGCGCAGGGCGCGUGGCGGGACCAGCAGCAGCAGCAGCAGCAGCAGUCGGCGGGGCACGGCGGUCAGCAGCGUCUGGGGCCUGAGGAUGAGGCGGCGCUGUUGCAGCGAGCGGACGAAUGCAGCACCAGGAUGCUGGCCCUCUUGUCCGACGAGCCGCAUGCCGCCACGCGGCACCAGCCCCUGCGCGGCGCGGCGCUGCUGGCGGCGGGGCUGGUCGCGUUCCUGCGCGGCGGCGCCUCGGACGCGGCAGUGUCGGGGCUGCAGGCGGCGGUGAAGCUGCGGCCUCUCAACCCCACGGCCUGGAACUGCCUGGCGCACAGCUACUGGGAGCGAGGGGACCUGUUCAUGGCUGGCUGCUGCCUGGCCUCGGGCCUUCGCCACUGCCCCAGUGUGGCAGCGCACCAGAUGAUGUCGCUGCUGGUGCGGCAGCAGGGUGGCGCCGCGGGGGCCGCCCUGCUACAGCCGACUCCUGCGCCACAACCACAUCCGCCGCCGCCGCCGCCGCCGCCGCAGCAGCAGCAGCAGUCCUCGCAAGCACAGGACCGCAGCAACAGCAACGCCGGCGCAAGCACUAGCUCAUCGGGAGCUGCAGGAGGAAGCGGCGCGGCCGCAGCGGCCAGCGGCCAACCGGACGCCAGCGCCGCAGCCCCCGCCGCCGGUCCUGCCCCCGCCGCCAGCUGGAACGGCAGUAGCAGUCAUGCUACGAAUAGCAGCAGCUACAGCACCAACACUAGCGGCGGCGGCGCGGGCCCGGCCUGGUCAUCCGCUGCGGCGCCGCCGGGCGCGGCAAGCGAGGCGGCGGCGGCGCUGACGGCCAGUCUGUCACACGCGCGGCGGGCUUUGGAGAUGGACAUAGAGAACGGCUACAGCUGGUACGUGCUGGCGAUGGCCCAGAUGGCCGCCUACUUCAAGGGCGAGCAUGCGGCGGGGCUCUGGGGCGGCGGCGGCGGCGGAGGAGGAGGGGCGCGAGGCGGCCGCGGCGAGCUGCACCGCGUGCUGGCGGCGUUUGCGCAGGCGGAGCGCUGUGGCUGCGCCGACCUGCCCGACCUGCAUUACAACCGGGCCGCUCUGCACGCGUUCACACAGGACUUUGCCGCAGCACUGCAGGACUACGCCACGGCUGCUCGGCUGGACCCGGGGCUGGCGGCCGUGGCCGCCGCGCAGUCCGAGUCGCUGCUGGUGUUGCUGGGCCAGCUGGCGGGGCUGGUGGCGGGGCGGGGCGGCGUAAAGGAGCGGCACUGGGCGGCAGUCACGUCGCUGCUGGCAGCAGAUGCGGCGCGGGGCGCGGAGCUGCUGCCGCGGAUGCACCAUGAACGGCUGGCGCUGCGGACAUUGACGGACCUGGUGCCGGGCUCCAACCGGGGUGUGGUGCUGCUGUGCCGGCCACUCGUGUUCGUGGCGCCGCCGCUGGCAGCCUCCUCCUCCGGCACACUCUACCUGGUGUGUGUGGACACUGCUGGCGCCGUGCUGGCCCUGGCGCUGACCCACAUCCCCCACGACGCAUUCGACAUGACUGCCCUGCUGGCCGUACUACACCCCGAGCUGCGACACGUGCACGUCACGUGGCCGCCGCCGCCGCCGCCGCCUCACGAGGAGCAGCAGCAGCAGCCGUCGCCGCCGCCGCAGAAUGAGCCGGCAGGGUCCGCAACAGGACCCGGGCCAGGGCAGGAUCAGUCGUUGCCGACUGGGGUGGAGUGCGGGGCGCAGCCAGGCGGGGCGGAGGCGGCGACAGCGGAGCCCGGUGCCGGCAGCGCCCCGCCUGCCGCGCCCGUGCCUGCUGCUGCGCCUGCCGCCGCGCCGCGCGCCUACUCCUUCCCGCUGCUGCUGGUGGGCUGCGACCCCGGCUGCCGCAGCAGUGUGCUGGUGGACGGAGUGCCGCUGCACCAGGCGCCGGCCACGCCGCUGCUGCGACACAUGACACGAGCGGCGUGAGGGGGGAGGCGCGUGUGCUUGUGCGUGGGAUGGGACCAAUCCCAAUUAAAUCAUUGCAAACCGGUGUGCGUGUGUGGGGGGGGGUUAGCCGUUGGUGUGGAGAACGGAGUGACUAAAUGGGGGGCAGGGGCGCUGUGCCCGCGUUGCUGAGCACGCCGGAUGCUGGGUGGGCACAAGUGGCUGUGCGCCUGAAGGUUCCGAGAAGCGGUGUGGCAUCGGUCCGCUCCGGAUUGGAGCCGGGUUAUGCGAUAGCGGAUGUGCCGCGGCACGGUGCGUGACGGCGGGUGCCCGCGUGGGUAUGUGCCAAGCAAAAGGGUUUGCGACAGCCGCAUGAGGUCGAGGUCGAUGGUUCGACGGCGGACGAGAGGUGGCCACUGGCCAGUGGUGGUAGCUGGUAGAGCGAAUCAGAUAGCGCAGUGGUGUCAUGUAUGAGCAAAGCACAGAGGGACGGGUUUGACAUCGUUCGAGCGUGUAGACGUAUGAACAGUACUGCAGGUUGCAGGCCGGGCUUCGGGCGGCGGCCAGGCGCGCCUGGUGGCUGGUAAAAAGGGCCGGCGCGUACUGAGCGUCAGACAUCGAUUCUCGAGGGGCAACACGAUCCGCGAGCCUGCUGCUUUUUGAUAUGCUUGUAAGCCAUACAGAGCUACCCUUCUUAUCCC